AUGGCCCCGCUGCCCCUGGCCCCGCUCCUCCUGUUGGCCGCCGCCGCGGGGUGUGUUGUGGCCGAGGAGCCGCUGCCCGGGAGCCCGGGGGCCGAGGAGGAGGCGGCGGAGCCCGGACUGAGGCUGGAGGAGAGCCGCAGCCCCGAGUCCCAGUCCCAGCCUCAGCCUCAGCCUCAGCCCCAACACCAACACCAACACCAGGACACGUACAGCAGCUUCACCGGAGAGUACUUCGAGACGCGAUACUGGGGGGACGAAGGUUAUGCUUUCCCAUCUCCUCCUCCUGUGGACCCUUUUGCAAAAGUUCGAGUCGACGAUUGUGGAAAAACUAAAGGUUGCUUUAGAUAUGGGAAACCUGGCUGUGAUGCGGACACGUGUGAUUACUUCCUCAGUUACCGUAGGAUUGGUGCUGAUGUGGAAUUUGAGUUGAGUGCUGAUACUGAUGGCUGGGUAGCUGUCGGAUUCUCCUCUGACAAAAUGAUGGGAGGAGAUGAUGUAAUGGCCUGUGUACAUGAUGACAAUGGCAGAGUUCGAAUACAACACUUCUACAAUGUUGGACAGUGGGCCAAAGAGAUCAAAAGAAACCCAGCCAGGGAUGAAGAAGGUAUCUUUGAGAACAACCGAGUGACUUGUCGAUUUAAGCGGCCAGUGUAUGUCCCCAGAGAUGAGACCAUUAUUGAUCUUCAUUUGAGCUGGUAUUAUCUAUUUGCAUGGGGUCCUGCCAUACAAGGCUCAAUCACUCGACAUGACAUCGACUCUCCACCAGUAUCCGGCGAUGUUGUCAGUAUCUACAAGUAUGAGGAUGUGUUCAUGCCUUCAGCAACUUAUCAGACCUUCUCGUCUCCCUUCUGCCUGCUGUUAAUCGUUGCUCUGACGUUUUACAUACUGAUGGGGACUCCAUAACCGUAACCUCGCAGAUGCAGAGAACACGUUGGCAUGAAGGACAUUGACAGGGAAGAAUUUUAAGUUGAAGAGAAACCACCACAAAUGUACUGGGUGGAGUAGAACUGAAGAUGGAGCGUCACUGAAAAUGCAAAGUGUAAUGAUUUUACUCAAGUAACAAAUGGCCAACUGAUAAUGACCUGUUAAUUUUCAGCUACAGAUAUCAGAAAGGGGUGCCUGGUGGGACAAUCGUACAUUGACAGAACUGUCGGAGUGCUUGUGUUAUUUAAGUUAAGCUCUACGUUCUGUUUCUAUUCAUCAUUGAUUCAUUUUGUGCUGUGUCAAAGCCGCAUGCAUCAUAAGGACUAAUAAUUUACUCCAGUGCAUCAAACACAUGUAAGGAAAUUUUUCUGAUUUAAUUAAUGAUGAAAUAAUGUACACACAAUUUGGAUGUUAAACAAUUGUUUCCUUAAUUAUAGUUCCACAGUCAAUGAUUAUACAAAGAUUAAAGACCCACUACUGCAAGACGCGAUAAUGGGAGCGACCAGGUUGUCAAGAAAUGAGUUUUGAUCAGUUGCCAUAUUUCCUGGGUGAGCAGCAAGCAGGUCUACAUCUGGUUGUGCUUGACUGAACUCUCUAUUUUUAUACCUGGUUGGUUAUUGUGCAAAGCCCAGACUAAUCAGGUAGCACAUACACCCUUUGUGGUUAAAGAUCUUAGGCCCAAUACUGUAGGGCAUAUUUACCAGCAGUGUUCAGGCUGACAGGUGUCCGUGUGUUGGCUACCAACUAAAAUAUUUUCUUCCAAGUGUUCUCUCCACUUCUCCUUAACAGAAGGCACAUUCCUGGUGAUCAAAGCCAGCCCACCAAGUGUUUUUCUGCAUCAAUUUCUGAGAUUAACAUUUUAUGUGGACGUUUUCCUUACACACAGGAGACCAAGUUACAUAAUAUUUCAGAUUGGUUGCUCUAGUUGUAUUUUGUUUUUUUGUAUUUAUCAGAUUUGAAGGAAAGUACAACAACAACAAGUAAGUGUACUAUGCUUUAAAAACAGAGCCUUGACAAAUCAUAAGUAAUUUAUUGUAAGUUGUUAUUAGAACUUCUGACUUUUGAAUCAAUGAAGGAAGUAUUUAAAGGGAGAAAUAAACCUCUUUUUUUUUAAAAAUGUAUACCCAGGGACAUUUUUGUAUAUUACUGUUUCUUUGUAGAAUCUGUUUGGAUGGCACAAAAGUUCAGAUAAUUUCAAAGAAUUUACUUUGUGUAGGGUAAAAAAAGCUAACAGCUUACUUGAUAAAUAGAAUCACAGAGCCAGCUGAGCAAUGCUAGCAUAAGACACUUAUUCUGUGUGUGUUUGUAUGUGUGUUUGUGGUCAUGCAUGAAACCUGGAAAGAGCAGUGAUGAGAACUGUUGUGAUAGUAUUGAUAUUCAGAGGUCUUUGAAUUAAUACUAUUUCUUGGAAGUUAUAUUUUGUAUUCUUUAUGUGCCAAACAUUUCUUGGAAAUUAUAUUUUGUAUUCUUUAUGUGCCAAACAUUUUUUCAACAGCUUCUAAAGAUGUCUCUCUCUCUCUCUCUCUUACCCUACCUGUAAAGUCUGCUUCAGAACCGCUUCUGCUCAUUCUAUUCUCACCCCCAAGUGUCCUCUAUCACUGCUUCCUCUCUGCCUCAAUGUCAGAGCAACAGAAAGUGCCAGAUGGUGGACUCCGCUGGCAUCCUCAACAGCAGUGAAAGAAAUAGACCACUUUCAGGACACCAGGAUAGCCCCACUUUUACAGCGCUGGCUGGUACUGUAAGAAGGGGGUCAAAAGGGAACCAAUUUAGUGGUGCAAUGGAAGAAGAUGUAACUACACAAGGGUGAAAUGGAGUUGCAGUAUGUAGCUUGGGUGGAAGGUCAUUUGUUAAUCCUUACAUCAGGAAUUCAUAUGGACUGACUGGGUUUCAGUAAUGUACAAUAACAACAAUAACAAAAUUACAUUUAUAGAGCGCCUUUCAUAU